CAACUACAGGUACGAAACGCACCUUACCCCACAUCUUUAUUUGUCCUUCGAGUAAAAUAACAUUUGAAUAGCUCCCCACCACGGUAGAGUAGAGAAGAGAGGGAAGAGGAGGAAUCGGUGGAGACCAGGAGAUGGAUUACAGUCUAGCAGCGCUUAAGCUACUCUGUGUCCAAUUGAAAGACGCCAGCGAGACUCCUUCUCAAAACGCCUUGACUCUCGGCGGCAUUCUCUUUCAACGUGCCUGGUUACAGGGGAUUUUGGUCUCCAACGACGGCGACGGCCGUCUCCUUCUCGAUGACGGCACUGGUGUCAUCGAGCUUUGCCUUUCUCCCGACUUCCGUCUCCGUCACUGGGACUCGGGGAUGUAUGUGAUGGUAGUUGGAGGGUACUUUGUCCGUCAUGGCGAGACCCCUAUGAUUAAGGUUCAUAAGAUGGUUGAUCUUUCAGCAUUUCCGGAUCGAGAAGCAAUGUGGUAUCUUGAAGUUAUGGAGGCAUAUAAGCUCUUCUACCAGCCCUUAAUUGAAGAGUUUAUGUGAUUGCUUAGAUUGUUUGUUCAGACAAAGGAACUGCAGUUCUAGAACUGCGAAAUUUUUGCAGAUGUAUUCAUGUUCAUAGUCUUGAAAUAUCCUGCAAAUCUGAGUCA